AUGAUGUCUGCAGGUUCAUACGAGACAGGUCCCAUCGCUUGCCCCCUCUUCAUCAACCCUCGGACCGCUUCCCUACUCCACCGCCUCGGUCGUCAUGGAUUCUCAGGAAGUCCGAGUCAGUCAAGAUGGGAAGCAUGUGCUUGGCCCAGUAUAUUCCGCGUACGCUGACACAAGCCACGGAUAUCACCCAGGACGUCAUUCAAGAUCUUCGGUCUCUGACCGUCGACAACCUCAAACGAGUCAUCAGGCUUUUCAACGACAAAGGCCUUUCGAUCCAUGGCCAUCUUAGGUUAAGCGGCACCAAGGCCGAUUUGGUACGCUACACCAUCGCAUUACCGGGCGGUGAUGAUCGUUUCCUGACCUAUAUGGGUGAACUUUGAACAACUACUGCAGUUCUCGAGGCUCAGCCAUGUCGUUCGGACCAUCUAUACAACCCAACGGGCCUCGUUCCCUUCGCUCGUCAACAUCGUCUCAGACGUGUUACGGUCAGUCCCAUCCCCCACCUCCGGACCGAGCUGCCCUAGGUAAGAUUGCUGAUGAUGUUCUGCCGACGUGGUACUCGCAGGAAUAUCGGCUCUAGCCCAGCGAGUGCACGAUACGCCGGGUACAACAGUCAAUAUGGCGCCGCGCCCGGGUACCGACCACCCGCUGCUCAGGACUAUGGCGCCUCCACCUCGAAUGGAGCUUCGCACCAGAACCAGGCACUGGCGUACAACCGACCGGAUCCAUACCACCUAAAUGGCGUCCCUCGACCCGGGUACGCCGCCGCCAACCUCCACGGCCACGUCGCGGCGCAGGCGAGCACGUCGAACCCCGUCGUCGAGUUGAUCAAGUUCCGCCCGAGUCCGUUUUACCGCAUCGACAAGGCCUUGAGUCCUGUCACCCACAUGCCUCGUGCGGGCCAGGGCGAUCGCAAGAGCGUUGUCAUCAAUUUCGUCAUUCCCGAACCGCAGAGGGCCUUGAUCUUGGCUUCCAAGUGAGUCUGGUCAGGUCGUCGUGUACGCUCGAGCGGAUUUUGAUUGGGGCUCUUUUCCUUAUGAGUGCAGGGCAGCGAAUGCCAAGCCUUACCAAGUCCGACUGUAUUGCACCACCGAGGACCACUACAAUCCCUCACGGCCGACGAACCUGCAACUGGCCGCGCCGAUAGAGUUCCCCGGCGUGUGCGAGAUCAAGCUGAACCACACCAACAUCGUCGCCAACACCAAGGGCAUCAAGAAGCAAGCCGGGACCGCACCACCCGUCGACCUCAUGAAAGGCGGAGCAUUGUCAUACCAGAGUGCGGGGGGCGUUAACCGACUGGAGAUCAUCUACAUCAAUACCGACAAGCGGCAUUCGAUCGUCGUCAACCUCGUCGAGGUCACCUCGAUCGAAGACCUCGUCACGCGCGUGCGUGGCGGCACUUCGAGGUCCAAGGAAGACAUCGUCAAGAAGAUCGUCGAAAUGAACUCUGACCCCGAUGUCGAAGCGAGUUCGUUCGGGUUGUCCCUCAAGGACCCCUUGACGAUGGCGCGGAUAUCGCUCCCGAUUCGCUCAUCGGUGUGCAACCACAUCGCGUGCUUUGACGCCAAGGUGUUUUUCAUGAUCAAUGAACAAACGCCGUCAUGGACGUGCCCGAUCUGUAGCAAGGAACUCCGCGUCGAGGACCUCUUUGUGGAUGGGUACCUACAGGACGUAUUGAGGGGUUGUUCGUCCGACGUCGAUCAAGUCUCGGUCGAACCGGAUGGGUCAUGGCAUCUCAUUGAGACGGAGGAGCAUUCGACGAGACAGUCGAGGGCCGGGUCGGUACACGCCAAGGCUGAUCCCGAUGGUCCGAAUGGGAACGAUGCGAAGGGGAAGGGACGAGCUGAUGCUUCGUCACUGAGUAUGACUUUGGAGGAUUCGAGUGAUGAUGAAGGCGGAGGAGGAAGAGGGGGAGCGAGGAAGGCCCCUCCAAUGAAUGGGGCCAUGAACGGCAGAGCCUCGGGCUCGGGCUCGGGGACGGGGACAAGUACACCACGGGGCGGCAAGCGGAUGGACACGAUUGAUCUCACCUUGUCGAGCGACGGCGAGGAUGCACCCGCCGCACCACCUUCAAGAGCGCCUCCACCAACAACAACCGUCACGAAUGGUCUGCCCGCUUCUCGAGCUCCCCUGUCGUUGCCUAUCCGGCCUGGCUCUGCGACACCAGCUUAUUCGGUUCCUCCUCCGAGACCGCCAUCUUCAAACUCUUCUUCGGGUGGGGCGAACGGGUCCAGCAGUAUUGGUCAUCAGCACCCGCAUCACGGCACCGCUCGUCCGCCGUUCGGUGGUCCCUCCUCUUCCUUUGAUCGUUCAACAGCCCCUACACCCUCCUUAAGACUCAUCAACCCCUUACCCCAUUCCUCCUCUUCCAACUCGAACCCCUCGAAAUCGACAUCCACCUCGCACGUACCCGACUUCUCCACAUCCGCUCAAAGCGUCCUUUCAAGACCUAUGCCAUGGGACGUCGAGAGGGAACGGGAGAGGGAGAGGCAGAGGAAGAGGGAUGCGGCGGCUGAAGUGGCGUUGGAGGCGGCGAGGAAGAGGUUGAGGUACGAGGAGCAUCGCUAUGAGGAUGAUUAUGCGGAUGAACUUGAUUAUUAG